AUGGCCACGAAUCGGGCCCUCGAGGCCCUGCUCGGCUUCAACAUCAACGGCUUCACAGGAAUCAAGGAAGGACACCAGCAGGUUACCAUCUUCGUUGAUGCUCGUCUUCCUUCGUCUUUGCCUCAGCGGUUGCUGAACCGACCUGCAGAAGCCCCAGUCGACGACGUGAACCGACAGGUACACACAACAGAGAAUCCGACACAAGGCACUCGAUAUUCUCAUCUUGUCUUUCUGUUCAGCCCCGAGCAGAGGCCCCUGGGUCAGCUGCAGCCACUGCCCGUCCACAGCUUUCAGCCCAGGCCCCCCCUUGCUCCUCACUCGAGAGUGAAAAGAGACCAAGUCGACAGGUACGACGGUGCAUCUGCUCACAACGCUCUUGAUGUUGCCUAUUUUCCCUGCAGGCCACGACUUGGCCAGAAGACGAGAUGUGUCAAGGGAUUGCGGACCACGACGGCAGCCCGAGAGUUUCUGGCCAGAGGGCUCCCCCGGCAGCUCACCAUUCUACCGGAAUGGCGGUAGGGGAAGGACAAGGGGAUGGAUGUGUAAUGGAUGUUUCGAUGAAUGUGUGUAUGUAUGUGUGUGCAGUCGCUGAACCCCACUUGUGCAGUGCGUCCCCAAGAAAUACACACAAAGCAUCCAUACAUCACCUGUCUGCACGUCUCUUGUACUCAGGCUGUGGUCACCGGUCGGCUGCCGUUGUUAGUGGCUAGCUCAGCGACAACAUCGGUCUCUCACUAUUCGACGCGUCCCCCCCACCCCCAUCCCGCAACUAGGCCCCCCGCUUCACAGCCGGCGCCACAUACAACGACGACGGUCGCGGUAGCACCACCGUACGCAGCAGCACCAGCUGCAGCAGCUGCCAUGGCGCAUCCGCCGUCCCCACCCGCUCAGGGCGAUACUGCCGUCCAUGUUUGUCUUCCCCCUGUCUGCAGGCCUGCCAGUCCGUCUGUCCCUGAAUCGGUGAGGGAUAUGGGGAACAUGCCUACCCUUGUGCAUCCUUGUUGGUCUUUGGUGGUAGGCGGGCGCCGAGGACUGGUAUGAUAGCAUUUGGGCGAGCAGCCAAAGGGUAACGCACCAAACGAUUAGGUUUGCAAUACUGUGCAGCAAAUCAGCUCCAUGUGUUGUGCGCCUGGCUGGCUGCAGAGCGCUACACAUCCAGUGAACGACGAUGGACCUGCCGCCGACCAGCAGUCAAGGCAGCACCAGGACAGCAUCAGCACAUUGAGUGUAAGCCAGCAGCGCAGGCAAAUCGGGAAUUGGAUCAUGCUGUGCAUUGCGGUGUCUAUUUGCCUCAGCAUUGCCAUCCAGAGGACACGAGAAUGGAAUAUCGUUGCAUAUUUCCAGCGGAUCUAAGCCUGCGGAUCUUGACGACCAUCAUGAGGCAUUUCUUCCCUAAUCACGUAUCCAUCAGCAUCGACGUGAGGCUUGGAGAGAUCUUGAUGGUCAGUAUGAGCCAUUUGCUCAUACUGACCAUCAAGAUCACUCCAAGCAAUGAAUGCGUUCCAAGCAAGCGGCCCCGGGAUUCCAUUUUCCAGGGGUGGGGUGGGAAAAAGAAAAGCCGCUCGAUGGCUGGAAGCGGAAGUUGAUGUAGAAGGAUUAGGACAUCUCUAUGAUAGUGUUAUAAUUUGUUUUUCGGGCAGUGCGGCUCUUAUAGCUGAUGAUGUGGACAUGCUUGGCGUGGUUCAGACUUUUGUCUCUUGACAUGUAUGGAAUGCAUGAUUGAAAGCAG